GAAGCCAGCGGAAGUUUCAGUCUAUUGGUUUCCUCUUCAAUGCUGGGUUGGACAUCUCUUCCAGAGCAACACAGCGGAGCUUAGAGCAUCUCUGCAUCGGCCUAUCUGGCUAAAAACUGGGAAAUGAAGCAGAACUCCAACGUCCCGGCCUUCCUGACCAAGCUCUGGACCCUGGUGGAAGAUGCAGACACAAAUGAGUUUAUUUGCUGGAGCCAGGAAGGCAACAGCUUCCUGGUGUUGGAUGAACAGCGCUUCGCCAAGGAGAUUCUCCCCAAGUUCUUCAAGCAUAACAACAUGGCCAGUUUCAUCAGGCAGCUGAAUAUGUAUGGAUUCCGGAAAGUUCUGCACAUCGACACAGGCCUGGUAAAGCAGGAAAGAGAUGGACCCGUAGAGUUUCAGCACCCAUACUUCAAGCAUGGGCAGGACGAUUUGCUGGAAAAUAUUAAGAGAAAGGUUUCUAACGGCCGUCCUGAGGACCAUAAGAUCAGACAGGAGGACCUGACCAAGAUCUUAGCGGGUGUCCAGAGUGUUCACAGCAAACAGGAGAACAUCAACGUCAGACUGGGCACACUCAAGAGGGAGAACGAGGCUCUGUGGAGGGAAAUCUCAGAUCUGAGACAGAAACAUUCUCACCAACAACAGCUCAUUAAAAAGCUGAUACAUUUCCUCAUUACACUAGCACAGAGCAACCGUAUUCUGAACCUGAAACGGAAAAGAUCAAUUCUGAUGGACAGUGAGAAGAAGGCCAAAUACAUCCAUGAGAUUUAUGAUGAUCCGGUGCGCGUUGAACAGACGUCUGUCAGCAGUCUGCACCAGGUGAAGCGCUCUGAUGAUGAUGUGACUGUCUACGACCUGACUAAAAACGAUGAAGACGCGAGCUCAGAGAUGGAAUCUUCUCAGGACAGUGAUAUAGAAAUAGUGGAGGUAGAAAUGAACAGCUCUGGAGAUCUACCAGCACAGAUGGAGGUCAGCUCUACCUGCAAGGAGGACGUCCAGCAGGUAGAGGGUGGAGCAGCAGCUGUGAAGCAGAGAAGCAGCAGUGCUCUUCAGCUGAAUGCUCCCUCUGCUCUGAGGGCUGAGGAUCCAGUGAAGAUGAUGGACUCCAUGAUGAAUGAGAAUGGAGCAAUUUCACAAAACAUCAGCCUGCUUGGCAAGGUGGAGCUCAUGGACUAUCUGGACAGCAUAGAUUGCAGUCUGGAGGACUUCCAGGCCAUGCUGUUUGAGAAGCAGCACGGUCUGGAUUAUGAAGCUGCAGAGGAAAGCGUGUCAAGAAAAGAGAAUAUUACCCGGCUAACUAAAGCCAGGCCAGAACAGGACGAUGGAACUGACAAACAGCUGAUCCAGUACACCUCCUCUCCACUGCUGGCCUUCCUGGAUGGCUGUGUCCCUCCAUCAGAGGUGGAGCUUAGCACUGCUAGCCCUGCAGACACCGGCUGCUCCCGUCCACAGCUUUCCUCCAGUUCUGGAACAUCAGCGGCAGCCGAACCGCCCAUAUGCCUGCUGGAUGCCAGCUUAGAGCCCCACGUGCCCCCCCGCAGCUCCUUGAUUCGCCUGGAGCCAUUGACCGAGGAGGAGGCCAGCGAAGAGACGCUCUUCUACCUGUGUGAACUGAGUCCUGCUGAGCCUAACCCCACGCAGCUGAGUGGGGUUUAGAUUUGGACAGAGAACCUGACCCUCUGUGGACGUUUCAGAGAUGCAGCCAUUCCUAAAGGAUUUUUACUGCAAGGAAAAAUGUUGACCUUAAAAUAAAUGUUAAAUGAAUACAAA